CAGCUCCACGCCUGACAGAGCGGGCUGUGCAGUGUUUAGCUGUCGCUUUAAGACCGAUUUCCCCCCAUUGUCAAACAGUCGUGAGCAGGAAGAGGGAAACGAAAGCAGAGACCGAGGGGGCCCGACGUAUUUAAACACGAUGCUGCACAAUAACGGUGACCGCGGCUUCAUAAGGAGGAGCGCGUCUGCAGCCCGCUCACUUAAAACUGACGCACGGACACACGGAGAUCCACGCGAGUGACCUUCUGAUCGGAUCGACGAUGGUUUGACUUAAUAAAGCGAGGACACACUGCUCAAAGUCGCCGCAGGAUGAUCAAAUAUACUUGAGAGACAUGAAGUGUCACCUCGGCUUACUGCCUCAGGAAAUGAUGACAGUGUCCUCCAUCAUCGUUUAGCUGCUCAGAGCGAGAAUUUCUUGUCUUGCGGCCAUUUCAGCCGGACGCGAUUGCCUGUGAAUUUAACACACACACACACACACACACGCACACGCACAAAGCUUAAACCGGACAGUAACCGGCGUCUCGGAGGUUGUCGGAGCAGGUGCAGCGCGUCUUGGCUUCAGUCUGCCCGCAGACAGCUUCACAGGUAGCCGCUGAGCUGGCUACGGAACCUGAAGCACAAUCUGGAUCGAACUGGGCAUCACAUCUUGAAAAUGACUUCCACUAUAGAGAGGAAGACGCUGGAAGCCAAUGAGGAGCCAGUGGAUGAGGUCCUGCAGAUGCCACCAUCUCUGCUGACGUGCGGCGGGUGUCAGCAGAGCAUUGGUGACCGGUUCUUCCUAAAGGCCAUAGAGCAGUACUGGCACGAGGACUGUCUGAGCUGCGACCUGUGUGGCUGUCGGCUGGGGGAGGUGGGCCGCCGUCUCUACUAUAAGCUGGGGAGAAAACUAUGUCGGCGAGACUACCUCAGGCUUUUUGGUCAGGACGGUCUCUGUGCUUCCUGUGAAAAGAGGAUCCGAGCGUUUGAGAUGACGAUGCGCGUGCGGGACAAGGUUUACCAUCUGGAGUGCUUCAAGUGUGCCGCCUGCCAGAAACACUUCUGUGUGGGUGACCGCUACCUGCUCAUCAACUCAGACAUUGUGUGUGAGCAGGACAUCUUCGAGUGGACCAAACUAAACAACAACAUGGUUUAGGAGAAUCUCUUGCUCAACACAAUACUUUGCCUUUUCCCACCGGCUUUAAAGGGAAUGAACUAUUGAUAAAUAAUUUUUUUUUCAGCCUGUGCAGGCUUUAUCAUGCAUCUGACAUUCAUAUGGAAUCAUUUUAACACAGAAAGGAAAAGCUACAUCUCUGCGUUGCUCCCUGCUGGAGACUAAUGAAGACUGCACCAGCAAUAAAUAGUUUGUCUUCUAAGGCUUCAUCCUUAAGUGCAAAAAAUAAUCCUGAAAAUAAGAAAACAUGCAAUAAUAGCUGUUUGAUAUACACACUGGAAUUUAAGUAUUUUAGCAACGAACAAAAACAAAACUUUUGUGAAGUUUCUUGUAGUCAAACACUGUUACAUCACCUCAGUCUGGCCUGAAACAUUCAGAAUUUCAGUAACAUUUUAUUUUAUUGAUUGGUCAUUUCCUUAAGAUUAUAUUACUGAUUAUUGGCAAAAUAUGAAUGUAAAGGCACUGCUCCAUUUAUAUGUUGAAUUAUUUGCAUGUCCAGCUAACCUGCUGCACUGACUGAAAGACUGUCUGGAAAUAACUAACUGGAAGUGUACCAGUUGAACAUGGUCUCUAUUUUCUAUAUUGUUAGUACAAACUACAUAGUUAUCUCUUUACUUGCCAAGAAAAUUAGUAAGACUUUAUAAGGAAAUUGUAGAUCUGUAAAAUGAGGUGUUACCAGAUAUUCACAUUAUAAAUGGAAUAAAAUAUCCAUUUUGAAAAGUCCUGAUCAGAAUGAUUGUACUGUAUUGCCAGGUUGAACUGGUGACUCCCUCUAGCGAUCGAGGGAACACAUGCAAUACUAAUUUUAUUGACUUUUAACAUGUUUCCAGUGUCUCUUUUGUAAUUGUAACAACUCUCUGGACAUGCAGCCAAGACUUUUUGGAUAUUUACUUGUCAAUUUAUUAAAUGAAUUACAAUUUAGAAAAACACUGAUCAUUUUUGGUGUGAGUGUUUUCCAUGGAAAAAUUAAAGAGACAUCCACAUACAAA